AUGCAUGAUCCAUCAAGUCGCAACGGAAAACAGUUAACAGCAAGUUUCCCUUACAUCUUCCUGACGAUCAAUCCUAUUGCUUAUUGUUUCAGCUUGCUGAUGGGACUGUUAACGAAGAUCAAGUUGUUUAUUGCUUUUCUUAUCGGCAUCAAAAGUGGCACGAUAUUAGAUUCACUGGAAGACAAAAAGCUUGACUUAUCUGCAUUUUCCACCAAAACGGCCUACCGCUAUUGUGGACUUACUCCGUUCAAUGAUGGAACCCUUCAGAAACUUGAUUCUUGCAAGCCCAUUCACAUUAAUGGUAUAUACAGACACGGGACUCGUGCCCCGUCGCUAAAGGAUGUGCAAAGGGUACGAGACCUUCGUGCUAAACUCCUUUCCAGCGAAAAUGUGAUGUUACCUUCCGGAUUCCGUGAUUAUCCAGUUCCUUUCGCAAAUGAAACUGAUAGAGGCUUGUUACCACGAGGAUUGGAGGAGCUGCACAGUUUGGGUCAGCGUAUUCGCAACAGAAUGCCUCCUUGGUUCGAAUCGACUGACGGCAUCAAAUUCUACACCAGUUCGUCAUCAAGGGCAAUUCUCAGUGCACGUUCGUUUUACCACGGUCUAUUCAACCUCACACCACUGGAUGCUCAAAAUACUUGGGAUGCUGAACUUCACUUGAAUGCACUUCCUGAGACUAUUCAAAUUGCAGAUAGAUUUACCCGAUUAUUUGAAUCUUGUAAAAGAUAUGCGACGGAAAUUGGGAAAAAUAAGUCGGCACUUGAGGAGCAUUUUAAAUUCAUCGAUGGUGCAGAAAUGAAAGAAGCGUUCAAGGAAAUCAUGUCAAGAAAUCGGUUACCAGCAUCGAAAUUUUCAACAGGUGACAUAUACAUCAUGUUUCGCAUAUGCGGUUAUGAAAUUGCCGUGUUUUCCAACGACCAGUCACCUUGGUGUGGUUUCCUACGUAAAAACUAUCAACCCAUCCUGGAAUAUAUUCUGGAUCUAAAGAGCUCAUCAGCAGUGCAUAUCCGAUGGUUGUGCCGGGAUUUGGACCCUGGACAACUGACAUGCGGUGCAGGCGUGUUACGGCUACUCCAACGCACGUUGGAUGCAUCUGAAUUUUCACAUCUGAACAGGCGAACGUGUUCACGCUUGAGCGAAGUGACUGGUAUGGCCGAGCAAUCAAACGACGACCCAGUAACUGGUUUUGAUGAUCGAUUAACCCGCCAGUCAGGACUCCCCAGUCAGGUAGGGUCAUACAGAAAAUGCCCAUAUGCUGUCUCCAGAAAGAAACAGCUCAGGAUUGCCGUAUAUAUCGUACUUUCCACAAAACAGAGCUAA